GAGCGAAUCACGAUUGGACAUAAUAAUGAUGCAAUUUUUGAUUGAUUAUAUGGAAUCCGACAUAUCGAGUUUGCAGAUGCGCUAACAAUAAUUAAUAAUAGCAAGAUAGCCAGCAGUUUUGGGUAUCUUUCAAUAUCCACUCCAAUCCGAUUGCACUGAAAGCUGAAGCUACACGAGUUUCAAAUACGUCGUGGAGAGUGUAACGAUGGCAACAACACAAACCGAGGAGGUUUCGCUGCCAACAUAUCCUUCGGAACCUAUCCGGCCCGACAUUAGACCAAGCUCUUCGAGUAGAGUGGCAGAAGUGCCAAAUGACAAUGUUAUACCUCCCGACGACGCAGUUGAGGCACUUAUACCGGACGGUGGCUACGGUUGGGUCGUUGUCUUCGCCUGCUUCGUGAUAACUUUUUGGAUGAACGGAUGGGCUGGCACUUGGGGUAUCUUACAAUCCGCUCUGCUUCAGACCACGCUGAGAGACGUCUCAUCAACCACGCUUUCUUUGGUCGCAUCGCUUGGCCUCAGCCUCACGGUGGCUCUGGGUCUUUUCAGCGUUCGUUUUACGCAAUUGGUCGGUGCCCGCUGGAGCACCCUAAUUGGCGUUAUUAUCUUCGGUCUUGGCAAUGUCCUCAGUGGAUUCACGGUAGACAAUGUUGCAGGGCUGUUCAUUGGAACUGGUGUUUCGUACGGGGUUGGCGCCAGUUUGAUGUAUACCAAUUGCAACAGCUUGCCGGCACAGUGGUUCAACACCCGACUUGGGACUGCAAACGGCAUCGUGAAGGUUGGUGGAGGCAUCGGUGGAAUCGUGCUGGCUCUGCUAUUCCAAGUGGUAAUCGCUAAAUUCGGUAUUGCGUGGGCGUUUCGCAUUCUGGGGUUCUUGUCGCUGGCAACAGGUGUGCCAGCUGCCCUGCUGAUAAAAGAGCGAAUUCCCGCGCAUCCCACACCAGGAAUUCAAUGGUCGCUGCUAAAAAACCCGCCAUUUGCCUUUCUCUGCGCGGCGGGUGCAUCCGGAGCAUUUGCUCUUUUUGUCCCAUCCUUCUUUCUUCCGUUGGCAGCCAACUCUAUCGGCUUAUCCAGCCCAACAGCUGCUGCAGUGCUGGCAUGCUUCAAUGCCUGCAUAGCUCUGGGCCGUUUUGCAUCCGGUAUUGUUUGCGACAAGUUCGGCUCUACCAACACAUUCCUCUUGACCAUGGCACUGAACGCCGUUACUAUGCUCGCGAUAUGGACAUUAUCGAGCACGCUGGAGCUACUGAUGAUAUUCGCUGCCUUGAAUGGUAUAGCAAAUGGCGCCUUCUUUGUCGCCAUGCCCACCGCCGUUGGUAGAUUAGUCGGACCUGGUCACGCAGCGGUUGGCAUGAGCAUGGCAUUGACUGGGCUGGCACUCGGGUACUUCAUGGGCAGUCCCAUUGCUGGAUUUCUCAUCGAUGCCACUGGUGCGGAUAGAGCGAAAUCUAUCGUACCUUAUAGGCCAGCCAUCUUCUAUGCUGGGGCCACGGCUGUUAUGUCCACUGCAUUCGUACUUCUUGCUCGGUUGAAAAUGGAUGGCAAGAUCAUGAAGAAGCUCUAAUUUCAGUCUGGGAAGUACCAUUUACACAUCUGUUAUGAUGUGGCAUUAUUUAUUCACAGUUUGCCGUACAAGGCUACAAGCGUCAGGAGAAUAAGAAGCAUGGCGCGCUUGACAGCAGAAUUUAUUUCCAAACUGGCACUAGC